UAUGAGGUUCCAGGUGCCCUACGUUAUACGUGGGCCACCUUAUAAGCUUGUGUCCUAAGCAUACAUAGCAUAGAUAUAAAGUCUACUGGCUGCUGUCAUGCAGUUGAUCAUUGACCCUUAGUAGCUGUGAUGAAUAAAUUGAAAUAACUUUCAAGUUAUUUCCAGUGCUUGCAAGUUGAAGCUAGAAAAAUUUAGAGUGGAAAUAAGGCUUAUUUUUAACAAUGAGGGUAAUUAACCAUUGGAAAAAUUACCAGCUGUUGUGGUAGACUCUCCAUCAAACUUUUGAAAUCAAGAUUGGAUGUCUUUCUAAAGGAUCUGCACUAGGUCAAAUGGGAAUUAAGUCAGGGCAGUCCUAUGCCUUGUGUUAUGCAGGGUAAAUAUUUUAAGGAGGAGAGUGACACUCAGAGACUGGCUCAAAGGGUCCUCCAGCGAAACUUAAGUCAGCGUUCUUUCAGCAUCAUUAAAAUGGAUUUAGAAGACAACUAUGUUGAUGCUUUGGAUCCAGAGAAGUUAAUACAAUGUCCAUAUGAUCGCUAUCAUCAAAUCCGAGCCUGUCGGUUUCCCUAUCAUCUUAUAAAGUGCAGGAAGUGAGUCAGUCGAAUAACUGCCACAGAGAGAUGAACACUGUCAGCAUGUGGCAGCCGUCCCCAUGUGAUGAAGACUGGGAUAAAGAGCUACAGGAGCAAUCAGAUUCUGUGUUCGUUUGGGGCACGUUCAAUAGUGGCAUAAACAACAGCCCUGGGUCCAGCAUAGUGAUGGAACCAAAGAAUAACCUAAUGCCAGGCAUGAGAGCACCCAGGUCCUUGCCAUAUAGCCUAUCCUGGAAAAGCAGACCAUUGAGGUUUCUUUCCCAGACAGAAUCUGUCACAGCUUUUGCAGGAGACACAGUUUUGUUAACGUGUGAAGUAGUUGGAGAGCCUAUGCCGAUGGUACACUGGCAAAAAAACCUGGAGGACCUGAUCCUGAGCCCCAGUGACACCCGAGUGGCUGUCUUGCCCUCUGGAGCUUUACAGAUUAGCAGAAUCCAAGCAGGAGACAGUGGGAUCUAUAGAUGCCUUGCAAAAAAUCCUGCUAGUUCCAGAACUGGAAAUGAAGCAGAAGUCAGAGUUUUGACAGAUCCAGGUUUGCACAGACAGCAAUUUUUCCUGCAGAGACCGUCAAAUGUGGUAGCCCUUGAGGGAAAAGAUGCCGUUCUUGAGUGUUGUGUUUCUGGGUUUCCCACACCCACCUUCACAUGGAUGCGAGGAGAUGAAAUUAUUCCUGUCAGAUCCAAAAAAUAUUCAUUACUGGCUGGCAGUAACUUACUUAUUUCUAAUGUGACUGAUGACGAUUCUGGGACAUACACUUGCAUUGUCAGCUACAAGAAUGAGAACAGUAGUGCCUCUGCAGAGCUCACAGUUAUGGUUCCUCCAUGGUUUUUAAAUCACCCUUCAAACCUCUAUGCCUAUGAAAGUAUGGACAUUGAGUUUGAAUGUGCUGUUUCUGGUAAGCCUGUCCCUACCGUGGAUUGGAUCAAGAAUGGAGAAGUGGUCAUUCCUAGUGAUUAUUUUCAGAUAGUGGGUGGCAGCAACUUGCGGAUUCUGGGCCUCGUAAAGUCAGAUGAAGGUUUUUACCAGUGUGUAGCUGAAAAUGAUGCUGGGAAUGCACAGACCAGUGCACAGCUAAUCAUCCCUGAGCCGGCUAUCCCAAGUUCCAGUGUCCUCCCCUCUGCUCCCCGAGAUGUGGUCCCUGUUUUGGUCUCCAGUCGAUUUGUCUGUCUCAGCUGGCGCCCACCUGCAGAAACUAAAGGGAAUAUCCUGGCAUACACUGUCUACUUCUCCAGGGAAAGCAUCAACAGGGAACGGGCACAGAACACAACACAGUCUGAGACACUUCAGCUUACAGUGGGAAACCUGAAACCAGAGGAGACCUACACAUUCCGAGUGGUGGCAUACAAUGAAUGGGGACCAGGAGAGAGCUCGCAAUCCAUCAAGGUUGUCACGCAGCCUGAAUUGCAAGUUCCAGGGCCAGUAGAAAACCUGCGGGCUGUGCCUACCUCACCUACCUCAGUUCUUCUUUCCUGGGAACCCCCUGCCUAUGCAAAUGGUCCAGUCCAAGGUUACAGAUUGUUCUGCACAGAGACUGCUACUGGAAAAGAACAGAAUAUAGAGGUUGAUGGACUAUCAUACAAACUGGAGGGGCUGAAAAAAUUCACGGAAUACACCUUACGGUUCCUCGCUUAUAACCGCUACGGCCCUGGGGUGUCCACUGAAGAUCUUACCGUCAUGACGCUUUCUGAUGUACCAAGUGGAAUGCCUCAGAAUGUCUCCUUGGAAGUGGUUAAUUCAAGGAGCAUCAAAGUUAGUUGGCUACCUCCACCAUCAGGCACACAAAAUGGAUUUAUUACCGGCUAUAAAAUCCGACACAGAAAGACUACCCGCAGGGGUGAGAUAGAAACACUGGAGCCAAACAACCUCUGGUACUUGUUCACAGGACUUGACAAAGGAAGUCAGUACAGUUUCCAGGUAGCUGCCAUGACAGUCAAUGGGACAGGACCCUCCUCAGAUUGGUAUACAGCAGAAACUCCAGAGAAUGAUCUUGAUGAAUCUCAGGUUCCUGAUCAGCCAAGCUCUCUUCAUGUCAGGCCAUUGACAACCAGUAUCGUCAUGAGCUGGACUCCACCACUGAAUCCAAACAUUGUUGUACGCGGCUACAUCAUUGGCUAUGGAGUGGGCAGUCCAUAUGCUGAGACAGUGCGAGUAGACAGCAAACAGCGCUACUAUUCCAUUGAAAACUUGGAACCAAGUUCCCAUUAUGUAAUUUCUUUAAAAGCCUUUAACAACGUGGGUGAAGGAGUCCCUCUCUAUGAAAGCGCCACCACUAGAUCAUUGACAGUCCCAGAUAUCUCCACCCCCAUGCUCCCACCAGUAGGUGUCCAGGCUGUUGCACUUACCCAUGAUGCAGUGAGAGUCAGCUGGGCAGACAACUCUGUCCCAAAGAAUCAAAAGACUACUGAGGUUCGCUUUUACACUGUCCGUUGGAGAACCAGCUAUUCUACAAGUGCAAAAUACAAGUCAUCAGAUACAACAGCUUUGAGCCAUAGUGUAAUAGGCCUUAAGCCAAACACUAUGUAUGAAUUCUCUGUCAUGGUAACAAAAGGUCGAAGGUCAAGCACGUGGAGCAUGACUGCACAUGCCACAACAUAUGAAGCAGCACCAACUUCUGCACCCAAGGAUUUGACAGUCAUUACUCGGGAAGGGAAGCCUCGAGCUGUCAUUGUCAGCUGGCAGCCUCCAUUAGAAGCCAAUGGAAAAAUUACUGCUUAUAUUCUGUUCUACACCUUGGACAAGAAUACUCCAAUUGAUGACUGGGUUAUGGAGUCAAUCAGUGGUGACCGACUUACUCAUCAAAUCAUGGACCUCAACCUAGAUACAGUGUAUUACUUUAGAAUCCAAGCUCGCAAUGCCAAAGGAGUGGGACCGCUCUCUGACCCUAUUCUCUUCCGGACUCUGAAAGUUGAGCACCCUGACAAAAUGGCUAAUGACCAAGGUCGUCAUGGAGAUGGGGCCUAUUGGCCAGUUGACACGAACUUGAUUGACAGAAGCAGCCUUAAUGAACCUCCCAUAGGGCAGAUGCACCCUCCGCACGGCAGCGUAACGCCUCAAAAGAAUAGCAACCUUCUAGUAAUCAUUGUGGUCACCGUUGGGGUCAUUACGGUGGUGGUGGUGGUGAUCGUGGCUGUGAUCUGCACCAGGCGUUCUUCAGCGCAACAGAGGAAAAAGCGUGCUACCCAUAGUGCUGGUAAAAGGAAGGGCAGCCAGAAAGACUUGAGGCCCCCCGACCUCUGGAUACACCAUGAAGAGAUGGAGAUGAAGAAUAUUGAAAAGCCAUCAGGUUCUGACCCCUCAGGAAGAGACUCACCAAUGCAGAGCUGUCAAGACAUCACGCCAGUCAGCCACAGCCUGUCUGAAACUCAGCUGGGCAGCAAGAGUGCCUCCCAGUCUGGUCCUGACACGGAGGAUGUGGGAAGUAGUAUGUCCACGUUAGAGCGCUCGCUUGCUGCCCGCAGAGCCACACGUGCCAAGCUCAUGAUUCCGAUGGAUUCACAACCAAGCAACCCUUCUGUUGUCAGUGCCAUCCCAGUGCCAACACUAGAAAGUGCCCAGUACCCAGGAAUUCUGCCAUCUCCAACAUGUGGAUAUCCGCAUCCGCAGUUCACUCUCCGGCCCGUGCCAUUCCCAACACUCUCUGUUGACCGGACUUUUGGAACAGGAAGAACGGUGAGUGAAGGACCAGUUCCACAACAGCCAUCCAUGCUGCCACAGACACAGCCUGAACAUGCCAGCAACGAGGACGCCCCGAGCAGAACGAUUCCCACAGCCUGUGUCCGGCCUACACACCCUCUCCGCAGCUUUGCCAACCCUUUGCUACCUCCACCAAUGAGUGCAAUAGAACCGAAAGUCCCUUAUACACCACUUUUGUCUCAAACAGGGCCUAAUCUUCCCAAGGCUCAGGUUAAAACAGCGUCACUUGGAUUAGCUGGAAAAGCACGAUCCCCUCUGCUUCCAGUCUUGGUGCCAACAGCCCCAGAAGUGUCAGAAGAGGGCCACAAACAGACAGAGGAUCCAGCUAACGUAUAUGAACAGGAUGAUCUGAGUGAACAAAUGGCCAGUUUGGAGGGGCUAAUGAAGCAACUUAAUGCUAUUACAGGCUCAGCCUUCUAACAGCUGUUGAUGAAUAGAUAAAUUGUAUUAUCCAGGAACAUUGCAGCAUACAAGUACUUCAUAUACACCACACAUACACAACCCCAUAAAACCACCCUUUCUUCAGUACCAUUCAUUCAACGUAAGGAAGAUUCUUGAUGAGUCCUAAAAAAUAAAUAACUAAAAAUAUGCUACAUUACUGUAGAUCAAGCAUCUAAAGCAAUUGAAGUGUGGCCCUUGCAAAUAAGUAAAACAAUGACAGCAGAGCCCGAGGUGAUGCCACUUGAUUGCUCAUUUUGAUCUGCUUGCCUUUGUAAUACUUGAGGUGUCAUGACUAUCUCACAUUUUACUUAAUAGAGAUGUGUAGUUCUUGGUGAAAAUCUAGUUUUAUGUCAUUCAAAUGUAUUUUUAAACAUAUACCAUGCCAUAAUUUGUCAGUGUGGAAGUUCACUCUUCGUGUUUUUUGUGUUUUUUUAUAUUUUUUUGAUAUGAAAGCACCCGUAACAAAUAAUCAUGACAUAGCACCAAAGGAUUGGAAGUGUUACCAACAGCACAAAACAAGACAAAUAACUCCCAUUUCUUUUGUAAUUUCAAUCACUCAUCUUGCCCAAGCAGUGUGCAUUAGCAAGUUGCAGUAAAGUCCACCCAUUUUUGCAAGUUUUUGGAAAUCCUCCCAUAGGUAACAUUUUAUAUCUGGCUACAGAGAAUGGGAACAUAAAAAAAUCUGCAUUGGUGGCAUGCUGCCAGCUGCCGUAUACUUACAAAGAGAGGAUAUGAUAUGCAAUCUUCUCUGACACACAGUGAUGAUGUGCUUAAGCUUGGACUAGAACACUUCUAAAUAUG